UGGAGACUGAAGAAGCCCUGGCCGAACCACAGGUGGUCCAGGGUUUGUGAGAAACGGACUCCGAGGCUGCUGGGAAAGCUGAACGGGGGCACGUGCACCAUGUUGGGACCACAUUGAUUUGGAGGCGUUGCUACAUCAGUGUAGUCACCGUGAUGAGGAGAGGUCCUGGCACUCCACGCGCUGCUGUGGUCCAGCUCACACAUGAGAAGCUGCUAGCUCAGACGAGAAGCAGUGACGAGUGAUGCCCACCUGGAGGGUUUAACGGCCAACACGCUGACAGAGCACCUCCACUUCCAGCAAACGGCAGCAGCAUGCCCCGGAACCGAGCCUUUUCCGAGCCGGAGUACUCGGCGGAGUACUCGGCCGACUGCUCCGUGACGCUGCCAUCCGACCCGGGGCAGGCGGUGGGGAGGACUCACGAGGUGACGGUGCGGAGCUCCGGCUGCUGCCUCUGCCUGCCGCGCUUCAUGCGUCUGAUGUUUGCGCCCGAGUCUCUGGAAAACCUGUACCAGACCUACUUCAGGCGACAGAGACACGAGACGCUGCUGGUCCUGGUGGUGUUCGCCGCCCUCUUCGACACCUACGUCAUCAUCAUGUGUGCCGUGGUCUACACCGCCGACAAGCUGGCGUCGGUCGUGGUGGCAUCGGUGGGACUGGCGGGAGACGUGUUCCUCUACCUGCUGUGCCGUUUUGGGCUUCUUCCGGACCGGAUCUCCCGGAGGGUGGUGCCCUACGCCCUCUGGGUGCUUAUAGCGGCUCAGAUUUUCUGCUACCUCGGUCUGAACUACGCCCGCUUUCAUCAGGCCAGCGACACGGUGGGCUGGCAGGCCUUCUUCAGCUUCUCCGUCUUCCUGACUCUGCCUCUGAGGCUCACGCCCAUCGUUCUCAUCACCGCCGUGUCCUGUGGGGUCCACACCCUGGUGCUGGGGGUCACCAUCGCCCAGCAGCAGCAGGACAACCUCCAGGGGGCAGCACUGGGAAGACAGCUUCUGGCAAACAUCAUGAUCUAUGUGUGCACCAUCACCGUGGGGGUCAUGUCCUACUACAUGGCUGACAGGAAGCAUCGGAAGGCUUUUCUGGAGGCGAGGCAGUCGCUGGAGGUGAAGCUGAACCUGGAGGAACAGAGCCAGCAGCAGGAGCGUCUGCUGCUAUCCAUUCUUCCCAAGCACAUUGCUGACGAGAUGCUUCAGGACAUGAAGAAGGAGCCCAGUCAGAAGGAGAUGCAGCAGUUCAACACCAUGUACAUGUACCGGCAUGAAAACGUCAGUAUUCUGUUCGCCGACAUCGUCGGCUUCACCCAGCUGUCGUCGUCUUGCAGCGCUCAGGAACUCGUCAAGCUCCUGAAUGAGUUGUUUGCCCGCUUUGACAAGUUGGCUGCCAAAUACCACCAGCUGAGGAUUAAGAUCCUGGGAGACUGCUACUACUGCAUCUGCGGGCUGCCGGACUACCGGGAGGACCACGCCGCCUGCUCCAUCAUGAUGGGCCUGGCCAUGGUGGAGGCCAUCUCGUAUGUGCGGGAGAAAACCCAGACGGACGUGGACAUGAGGGUCGGGGUGCACAGCGGCACUGUCCUGGGAGGAGUUCUGGGCCAGAAACGCUGGCAGUACGACGUCUGGUCCACCGACGUCACCGUGGCCAACAAGAUGGAGGCCGGAGGCAUUCCAGGGCGCGUGCACAUCUCUCAGAGCACCAUGGAAUGUCUUCACGGGGAAUUCGAUGUGGAGCCGGGGAACGGCGGCGAGCGCUGCGAUUACCUGAGGGAGCGGGGCAUCGAGACCUACCUGGUGGUGGUUCCUAAAGGACCGCUGCGGAAAAACGGCAUCAGUGGCGUGAAGCUGUCUGUGACCUCGUCCAACGGAAACUCCCCCCUGCUGAUCAACACCACCGAGUGCAAUGGCAGCAUGAACACGUGCUGCACCACCCCUGAGGAGCCGGAGGACCUGGACACGAGGGUGGUGAAUCCAUCCUUCCCCAACCCUCGGAGAAGGCUGCGGCUGCGGGACCUGGCUGAGAGGGUGAUUGAUGCUCAGGAGAACGAGCAGGAGCUCAACAAGCUGCUGAAUGAGGCUCUGCUGGAGAGGGAGACCGUUCAAGCGCUGAAGGGGAAGCACACCAACAAACUGUCCCUGAGGUUUGUGGACCCGGAGCUGGAGACCCGCUACUCGGUGGAGAAGGAGAAGCAGAGCGGAGCUGCCUUCUGCUGCUCCUGCGUGGUGCUGCUCUUCACCGCAGUCAUGGAGGUGCUGAUCGACCCCUGGCUCAUUGCUAACUACGUCACCUUCGCAGUGGGAGAGGUGCUGCUGCUCGUCCUGACCGUCUGCUCUCUGGCUGCCAUCUUCCCCAGAGUUUAUCCAAAGAAGCUGGUGUCGUUCUCCACCUGGAUCGACCACACCCGCUGGGCUCGGAACACCUGGGCCAUGGCAGCCAUCUUCAUCGUCAGCAUCGCCAACAUCGUGGACAUGCUGAGCUGUCGGCCUGCAGCUUCAGAUGCGGGUGGCAGCACCGGGGCUCCCUCCUCUUCUUCCUCCGGCCCCGAAGGCUGUCUCCACAACCCCAAAUACUACAGCUACGCGGCGGUGCUGGCCCUGAUGGCCGCCACCAUGCUGGUGCAGGUCAGCCACAUGGUCAAGCUCACGCUGAUGCUGCUCAUCACCGCCACCACCGGGAUCGUCAACAUCUGCAGUUGGAGAGACGUCUUCGACCGCUACGACGUGGCCCGCUUCCAGGAGUACAGCUUAAACCUGGUUCCCUCCAAGUUCACCAUGACCACCAUGAUCUUCGUUAUGAUGGUCAGCUUCUACUACUUCUCCAGACAUGUGGAGAAGCUGGCCCGCACUCUCUUCCUGUGGAAGAUCGAAGUCCAUGAGCAGAAGGAGAAGGUGUACGAGAUGAGGCGCUGGAACGAAGCUCUGGUUACCAACAUGCUGCCUGAACACGUGGCUCGACAUUUCCUUGGCUCCAAGAAGCGGGAUGAGGAGUUGUACAGUCAGUCGUACGAGGAGAUCGGCGUCAUGUUCGCUUCAAUCCCCAACUUCUCUGAUUUCUACACGGAGGAGAGCAUCAACAACGGAGGCAUCGAGUGUCUGCGCUUCCUCAACGAGAUCAUCUCUGACUUUGACAGCCUGCUGGACGAGCCUCAGUUCCGCUACAUCACCAAGAUCAAGACCAUCGGCAGCACCUACAUGGCCGCCUCCGGCGUCACCCCCGACCUCAGCAACGGAUACGGCUGCAUGAAGAAAGAUGAGCAGUCCGACAGAGAGCGGUGGCAGCACCUGGCAGAUCUGGCAGACUUCGCUCUGGCCAUGAAAGUCACGCUCAUGAACAUCAACUACCAGUCGUUCAACAACUUCAUGCUGCGCAUCGGUCUGAACAAGGGGGGGGUCCUGGCUGGAGUCAUCGGGGCUCGCAAACCCCACUACGACAUCUGGGGCAACACUGUCAACGUGGCCAGCCGCAUGGAGUCCACCGGGGUGAUGGGAAACAUCCAGGUGGUGGAGGACUGCCACAACAUCCUGAAGGAGUUUGGUUUCCGCUUCGUGAAGCGGGGGCCCAUCUUCGUGAAGGGGAAGGGGGAGCUGCUCACCUACUUCCUGAAGGGCCGGGACAAGCAGGGCUCCUUCAUCAACGGCUCCUCCGUCACCCUGCCGCACCAGGUGGUGGACAGCUGAGCCCCGGGACACGCACACCCCCCCAUCAGACACUCCUGUGUGCUGACAGCAGCCCCCCCAGGACUGAACACCAAACACAUGCAGGUAGCUGAUUGUAGAGUCUCCUGGUUCAAACUAAACUACACAAACUAAACUCCCAGGAGACGGAGGACGGACCACAGA